GGUCAUAACGCUGUAACACCCAUAAUAUGAUCCUGUGCAACGGUCCCCUCAGAGGCAGAACCAGCGACCUCCUUGUCAUUGCCUAAGGAAAAAGCACACACAUACACACGAUGAAGUGGAGUUUGUUGACCUAAAUAAUAGUGAGAACCAUGAACUGAAUGGAGAUCUGUGCAGCGCUGUGCUGAGGCCUUUACACACAUGUUCACUUAAUCUUCACAACUCUGCAAGUUCCUUGGAGGAUCAGGAAUCCAGGAAUGUCCACGGGUGGCUCUGGAUCUUUCAUAAGGUUGGAGGCCAGAUGUCACACCAUAUUGUAGUCAUCUACAUACACGCUUGACUAGGUGCCUGUGUGGUUCCUGCUGGAAGAGCUGUCCGGCGCCCCACCCUUCCUGCUCGUCUGCAGAACUACCUCCUCCUCCCCCAGCGUGGGGAUCCAGCUUGGGAAGUACCUGGAGUGCCAACGUAACGAGACAGCACGUGUGCGCACACUGCGCUUGUUCCUGAGCCGCGACCCCACGUCCCUCAGCAGCAAAGAGAAAUAGGAAAGAAACGGAAGUGAGAAACCAUUCCAACCUCUCAAAUUAAACAUCAGUGAAGGAUAUUCUUCCUCACGUCGGAGGAUCUCUGCCUCUGCCAGCCCCGCUCCUUUACCCUCCUUGAAUGAAGCUUUGUUUCACCAUCUAAGUUUCAAAAGACAUCUACAGCCCCUUUGGAAACAGAACUACAUAAAAAUUUAGAAAUGUGAAGACCACAAAGAUAAAUAAGCUAAAAGAUGUGGUUUUGACAGUUUCCUGGAAGUAUUUUACAUUCUGAAUCAGCUGACUACACUAGGACGUGGCCUUCUCCAUGUUUCUGUAGCCAGCGACAUGGCCUGACACCUUGACGACUGGUCUCAGGGCCCUUCGGUGCACUGGCUGGUGCACCAUGGAACUGAAAGUAUGGGUGGAUGGAGUUCAGAGGAUUGUUUGUGGGGUCACCGAAGUCACGACUUGCCAGGAAGUUGUAAUAGCCUUAGCUCAAGCAAUAGGUCGAACUGGAAGGUACACUCUUAUAGAAAAAUGGAGAGAUACCGAAAGGCACUUAGCACCUCAUGAAAAUCCCAUCAUAUCCUUAAACAAGUGGGGGCAGUAUGCUAGUGAUGUGCAGCUCAUUUUACGUCGAACGGGGCCAUCUCUCAGUGAGCGACCCACGUCGGAUAGUGUGGCACGAAUUCCUGAAAGAACUUUAUACAGGCAGAGUUUGCCCCCCUUAGCCAAACUGAGGCCUCAGAUUGACAAAUCAAUCAAAAGGAGAGAACCUAAGAGGAAAUCACUAACAUUUACAGGAGGUGCCAAAGGAUUGAUGGACAUUUUUGGGAAAGGUAAAGAAACUGAAUUUAAGCAAAAGGUGCUGAAUAACUGCAAAACAACAGCGGAUGAGUUAAAGAAGCUGAUUCGUUUGCAGACAGAGAAGCUUCAAUCCAUUGAGAAAGAGCUAGAAUCGAAUGAAAUUGAAAUACAGUUCUGGGAGCAAAAAUACAGUUCUAACCUUGAAGAGGAAAUUGUCCACCUGGAGCAAAAGAUCAAAAGAAAUGAUGUAGAAAUUGAAGAGGAAGAAUUUUGGGAAAAUGAAUUACAGAUUGAACAAGAAAAUGAAAAACAGCUGAAGGAUCAACUUCAGGAAAUACGACAGAAAAUAACAGAAUGUGAGAGCAAAUUAAAGGACUAUUUGGCUCAGAUCCAGACUAUGGAAAGCGGUCUGGAAGCAGAAAAACUGCAACGGGAAGUUCAGGAGGCACAAGUCAAUGAAGAAGAGGUCAAAGGAAAGAUCGGGAAGGUCAAAGGGGAAAUUGACAUUCAAGGCCAGCAGAGCCUGAGGCUGGAAAAUGGCAUUAAAGCUGUGGAACGAUCUCUUGGACAAGCCACCAAACGAUUGCAGGACAAAGAACAAGAACUGGAGCAGUUGACUAAAGAGCUCCGGCAGGUCAAUCUCCAGCAGUUCAUCCAGCAGACGGGGACAAAGGUCACUGUUCUGCCAGCAGAGCCCGUGGACAUAGAGGCCUCGCAUGCAGAUGUAGAAAGGGAGGCACCCUUCCAGUCUGGGUCCCUGAAGCGGCCUGCUUCAUCUCGGCAGCUCCCCAGUAAUCUUCGCAUCCUGCAGAACCCAAUCUCAUCUGGUUUCAACCCUGAAGGCAUAUAUGUAUAACAUUAUCUGUCUUCAGGAGAGAGACCCAACAAAGGUACCAAGGACAGUAAAAUUCCUUCUUUGUGCCAGUGAUGAAAAGAGGAUCUAUUUCACAAGCCACCAUAUCUUGUUUCUGUCCUGAAUUGCCCACCACUUGGAGCCAUACCCUGUGCACUGAUGCUAAAGAACAAAGAAACUGUGUUUUCGCACAUCAACAGUGUUGACGUUUUUGUCCGGCAGCUGUAAUGCAAAGCCUUCCUUUUUAUUUGUAGCAUUUUGAGAGCAAUUAGGAAAGUAUUAUACUGUGUGUAUACAUAAAUAAAACCAUGACUUAAGAUGAAGAGAAAUAUGUGACUGGCUUAGUUUAAUUUAUUCCAUGUAAUCAAUUAAUGUGUGAAUGUUGAUGUUUUAAUAUUUUUUAUUAAUAUUUCUCCUGUGACUGAAUUACAUUGUAUAUUGUGCGAUUAUGACUUUGUGCAUGUUUCCAGACUCCAUCCACGCUGAUUUACAACUACACAAGUGUCAGAGGGGGCUCCGCCUUUGAAACUAAUUCCAGAGGAGCCCACGUGCAUUUAUUUAGCGAGCCUGUCCCCGCCAUUGCUUAAAUAGGUGACAUAAUUCAGGCUUUCUCUUUAACGUGGAGUGUAAUCUUUCCUUUACAGUAUUUCCAAUAUAUGAAUGACCACUUAACAGAACAGAAAUACUUUUCAUAAGGUAAAUUAUAUGCUUAAAAGCUUUGCUGUCCUUCAGACACUGAAAAAAAUGAACAACAAAAAAAGUACAUUUGAACAAAAAUGUCGUCGUUUGCAUAUAUAUGCAAACAGGCACAGGUUUCCUGCUAACAUUGUGUUUGUUGUGUUUCUGCCCUACCUUAUUUUAAUGUCAUGGAUCCUCAGAGUUGCCAUAAUACAUAAGUUAGAGAUGUCUGAGGACCUGGAUGGCCUACUUCAGGAAGAUUGCUUGAAGUGAUAUAUUUUUUAAAUAACCCACUUCAUGUGUAUGUCUGUUGGUGUAAGCACCCACGGAUAAGUUACUGUUUGCACAUGAUUUACUCUGAACAUAAUGGACAAUUGUGAUUUCUCCAAUAUCUUAGAUAGAAAGUACAUUGGAGUUAGGUACUUUUUUACUAAGGAAAAAAAGUUAAGUUCAGUGUUGAUUUUCAUUUUUGAGCUUGACUUUUACAGAACAUUAAUUUCCAUUUGUACAUAUAUUUUCUUAUUUAUAAAACCAAAAAUAAGUCAACACACCUCCCAGGAGUAGUGACUUAACUAAAAUUCACAAGUAAUAUCUAGAUAGAUGUGGUCAGAUACCUCUUAGUCAUUUUUACAUUCCCUCGGAUCAAAAUUUGGUACAAUAUAAUUAAGACUUUAAUCUGAAAUUUAAAGUAGAUUUUAAUUCUGAAGAAAAUCCAUACUCUGUUAUUUACAUACAACAAAGUAGAAGUGGAUUAGUAUAUUAAUGCCAUGGUAACAAUAAAAAGAUGUAAGUUGUAUUUUAUGCAUGAGGGCAGCUUUGGAUGUUUUAACACAUUUGACUUAUUUUUGGUUUAAUGAAUGCUGAGAAUGCUGCUAUAUUUAGAUUUCCAAUGAAAAACUUUAAGAAUGGCAAUGAAAAUACAUAGAAGCUUCUAGAGAACUGAAAAUAAUACAGAGUUGCCUCUUCUAGUCCAGCUAAAUGGCAGACCUCAACUAAAGGUGUUUUCUUUGGGUUUUUGGAGUCCUGCUUGACCUUGCCAUUAUACUAUUUUGCAAAUAACUUGAGAAAUAAAUUAUUCUUUCCUAAGUAACCACAACCUAUACACAUUUGCUCUGAAUUUAUAAUAGUUAUUUCAUUUCUACAUAUAUCUAAAAACAAGAAUUUAAAAGAUCAAAAUAAUUUGUAGAUCUUGUGACAAUAGUGGUUUACGGAUGUCCAAUAUAUGCCUUAUUUUUAAAGGAUUCUGUCCUAUACUGUCAUUUUGUUACUGUCCAGAAAAAUUAAGAUCUUAUUCACAAAGAAAAACGUUUUUAUUAAUUGAUCACAUUCUAUUCAAAUCAAAAUGUUAAACUGAAGAUAUAUUUAACUUUGCAAUUUUUAAUUGCAAAGAUGCCUUUGAUGUGCCGUGGAAAACAUAAAGUCAAUAUACAACUUAAUGUUGUAAAUUAUUAUCAGUAUUAACUCAAUAACUUUAAAGAAAGACUGCUAGCAUUCCUGACAACUUCAUCUGAAUUUUUAAGCUGCCAAAUAAUCUUUAUGGACCUAAUUACAGAUAGAAAUAAUACUAUUUCUUAGUUGAGAAGAGUAUAAAAAUGUGAAUUUGAUGUAUACAUUGAGCAAUUAUACACUUUUUAAUCAGUUAUAUUGCUUCUUGAAGAACAUCUCUAAGAAAUAUUUUCUAAUUCUUUUUCUAAAACAAAGGAGAGAAAACUCAUUUCCCUAGAACAUCUUUAAAACAUUUUAGUCUAUUCCUAAUCAUUUUUAUCUAUUGUGAAGACAAAUGAGUUAUGUUAAGUGCUACAUCUUUAGAUACAUUUUGGAGGGGGGAUUGGGCAAUGGGUACAAAAAUACUAAAUAUAAAACUUUGUGUCUGGGGGAAUAUUCAGGUUCUAAUACUAAAUUAGUUUACAGGUUUGGGGGUUUUUUUUUUAGUUAUACUGCAAGUUUUAUUGUGAUUUUCUACAAGUAUUAAGUACAUUGGAUGAUAAUUUUUCUCUUACCCAGGAGUAAUUUGAAAUAUCAUUGGUAUAUUUCACCUUUUGAGUAUCUCUCAUACUCAGAGAAUGAUCUGUAGUAUCUGCUUCAGUCCUUCUGUUGCUCUUAUGAGACAUUUUGGCUUGUUAGCAUUUUUGUGUGUCCUGGUGCACAGGGAAUUUAUAUGGGAGCCUUCAGUUGGUAUUAAUAAAUACGAGUUACCCAUCUAAUUCCCUCAGUCAUCCCUGAACUCUAAUCAAUUCCCACAAUUCAGAUUAGCUAUAAACAAGCUAAAAAAAAAAGACUACUACAGUAAAAAUACAUAACUUGUGGCAUGAAUGUGAAUUUUAAUUGUGUUUAAGAAAAACAAAUAAGCACUUGCUUCCAGAGCAUAAAUAAAUUUGUACCUGCAUUAAAAGAAUAUUUUCUUUGUGAAUAAGAGCAAAAUGGUCUUUAGAGAAAAGAAACUUCAUUUAAAGCCAUUUUCCCAAGUUAGAACUACACUAACGGAUUGAGAAAAUAACAAAAAUGCAAAAACUCUUGAUCGCUUGUGUGGUGGGGGUGGGCAGAUGGACAGUCCCUGUGCGCAUUGCCUUUGAGAAAUUGGGCCUUAAUUUACGUGUAAAUAGCAACUCUGUGCUCCCUUCCCUACUCUACCUGAAGUUGUCUUUAUCAGUCUAUGUUGUAUUAAGACAUAGCUCAUAAGUAUUACUUUUAUAUUAUGUCCAUUUUUUUAAGUUGCAUGUUUAUACCCUUUGCUACUGUAUUUUUCAGUUUUGGGUGAAGGCCAUCAGCUGUAUGGAGAAGACAAAACAAUCACUAUUUAUUCAGUAUUGCUGCUUGAGAUUUCCAAAAUAAGCUUUCGAGGCCAGAAUAGUUACUGCUUGAAAGCUGCAGGAGCUCAAUUCCAAUGCAUUUUAUAUAUUUUUAGAAACCAAAUAAAUGCAAAUAACUAUUUAGUAUACUAAUUAUAUUAAACCAGCAGAAAUAUAAAGGCAAUAAAGUAUAUACAUAUAUAUAUGGGGGGAAGGGAAAGAUUAAAAAAUAGGUUUACAGCAGACAUGGUGACAGCCCCAAAUGUAUUUCUCAAUCAGUCUUUCUUUAUUGACCCAAGCAGGAUUUGAGUUACUGCAGCUUUAAACAGAAAAUUGCCAUGUUCACUAAUUGUGGACACAUAAAUAUGCGUUUAGUACUGCUUUGCUUAUGUACAAAUAAAAUAUCUGUAAUCUGUAUUAUAUGUAAUUAUUCUCUUCUUUUGACUUUAUUUCAACAUGUGUAUUUGCUGAUUAUUAUCAUGAGCUGUAAACAAAGGAUCGAUAUCUGAUCGUCUCCCAAAUAAUAAAUUUUCAGGAUUCAUUGGGGCAUUACAA